GAGGAGAGACCAUGCUGAGGAGGAAGAGGAGCGUGUCGUUCGGAGGCUUCGGCUGGAUAGAUAAGUCCACAGUCAGCGCUCUGAGAUCUCGGAAACAGGAGCUGCUGACCAUCUCCAAUGUUGCUGUUGGAGACUGCCCCCCCUCGCCCCCCCGCACCGCACCCCCCAACAUGAAGUCGGUGAAUUUCUUCGACAUGAUGGAGGACGACUACAUUCCGUACCUGAGGAUCCAGGAGGUGUUGGAGAGGGGGGGCCCUUACCCUCAGGUCAUCCUGCCUGAGUUUGGCGGGUACUGGAUCGAGGACCCUGAGGCUGAUCCUCCCCCCCCCCUGGAGACCCAAGGGGGGGAGGAGGAAGACGCCGCCCCAGGGGAUUAUGGGUACCGGCUGGAGGAGGUUGGCGAGGCGGGUCGGGCUUACAGGAAGCACUUCUUGGGCAGGGAACAUUUGAACUUCUCCUGCUCAGCCAGCAGUGUCGGUCACCUCCUUCUGUCAGUGCGCCACGAGGAGGAGGCGGACCAGGAGUCUCUCCACGUGCUCAUCAGGUCUCGGGUGAAAAGCGUCUACCACAGAUUGUCUCUGGCGGAGCUGCCGGACAUCCCCAGCGUCCCGGAGCUCGCCAAGCUGCUCAGUGACGAGGCGGCUGGUCUACGGUUCUGUCCUGUCCUCUACCCCAAGGCGUCUCAGCUGAUCGUAAACUACGACGAGCACGAGGUCAACAACACCUUUAAAUUUGGAGUCGUUCACCAGAGAUUUGGACAGCUGUCUGAGGAGGAGCUAUUCCGGAACAACGAGGAGACGCCGGCCUUCACAGAGUUCCUUCAGCUGCUGGGAGACACGGUGGACCUGCAGGACUUUAAGGGGUUUCGGGGGGGUCUGGAUGUGUCUCACGGGCAGACCGGCUCUCAGUCCGUCUACACCGUCCACCGGCGGCAGGAGGUCAUGUUCCACGUGUCCACCAGGCUGCCCUUCACCGAGGGGGACACACAGCAGCUGCAGAGGAAACGCCACAUCGGGAACGACAUCGUGGCGCUGGUGUUCCAGGAAGAGGCCACGCCCUUCGUCCCCGAUAUGAUCGCCUCCAACUUCCUGCACGCCUUCAUCCUGGUGCAGGUGGAGCAGCCGUGCUCCGCCUGCACUGCCUACAAGGUGGCCGUCACAGCGCGAGAAGACGUGCCCCCGUUUGGCCCCGCCCUCACGAACCCGUCGGUGUUCAAGAAGGGUCCAGAGUUCAGAGAGUUCCUCCUCACUAAACUCAUCAACGCAGAGCGGGCCUGCUACAAGAGCGAGCGCUUCGCCCGGCUGGAGGAGCGUACCCGGGCUGCCCUGCUCGACAGCCUCCACGAUGAGCUGUACAGACGCUCCCAGUGCAUGCUGGGAUUGACGCCUGGUCUAGAGGAGGAGGGGCGAGCUGAGAACGGACACACCCACGGAGGUCUGCUGGAGUCCAUCAAGAGGGCGAUGCGAGGACGGAGCGUCUCCAUGGAGACCAUGUCGCGGGGCGGGGCCGGUCUGCCCACCAGCCUGAGUGGGGGGGGUCUGGCACACAUCAGCGCUGAGUGUAAAGUGAAAUCUCCGGUGAGGAGGCGGUCGGCACUCUUUCCUCGCCUGCUGAGCGUCGACAGCCAAACAGAGAGACACAACCACAGGAGGUGACUCAACGUUACUGACAGGAAACACUCCUGAUGCUGAUUCUGAUGCUGAUGCUGAUUCCGAACAAUAAAAUACAAACAUGUCAAUCUUACAGAGUUGAGCAGUUGGAACGUGGUUGUAUUUGAUAGAGAUAACAGUUUGCUUUGAGUAUUUGUGCGAAGCUAAGCUAACAACCCUCCUGCUUCAAGUCUUUGUGCUAGGCUAGGCUAUCAGUCCCCUCUGUUUCCUGUCUUUGUGCUAAGCUAGGCUAUCAGUUCCCCUCUGUUUCCAGUCUUUGUGCUAAGCUAGGCUAACAGCCACCCUGCUUCAAGUCUUUGUGCUAAACUAGGCUAUUGGUUCCCCUCUAUUUCCAGUCAUUGUGCUUCGCUAUGG